GGGUGGAGAGAGAAGGGGGAGGGUGCUUGCAGGCUGAUAACACACUCAACCACAGAUGGUUGAGCAAGGCUGCAAGGGAGUGAGGGAGCAAGAGACAGACAGAAAGAGAGAGAUUAUGAAGAGGUAGGGAAAGCAGAGAGUAAGAAAGCUAAAGAGGCUGAGAGGGAGGCAUCCAUCUCUCUGGUAGCAUUGCCAAAGCAACAGCGAGAAGAGCAGAGAGGAGGUACCACAGGGUCCGUGAACGUCUUGUUGCUGAAGCCAAGAGAUCUUCUGCUGCUGUUUACUCUGGACUCCAGGGACGGAUCGAUGCUCGCGCAAAGAAUUGGCGGAUUUGAAUUGAACUGUUCUUUGUUUUUUCGCAGUGGGUCCUUGCAGAGGCACAGACACAGAAAAGCAGGAUGUGGUAUCUCAUGCAUGUCUUUAUGAGCGUUGGUUUGUGGGUAUAACAGGGGCUCUUAGGUGAGCAGGGUUAACUUGAAACCAACCUGUAAAGUGACUCCAUGACACCAGCACGUGCCUAUAUAUUGGUGUGUGUGUGUAUGUGCUUGAUGGUUACAUACCAUGUAUGUUGAGCUGCAAAUGGCCAGGUGCAUAUACUGUAUGGUGUGUUUGUGACACCGGCAGAACACACACACACACACACACACACACACACUUGCGUCGAAUACGAUUCUCCUACCGCAGAGAAGACGGAUUAAACAGUGCCGCCUUUAUUGCAUCGAGUACAGGUGAAGAUUUUCUGCGAAGGCGAUGCUCCGGUUAUAUCUGCAGUUAACAUGGGGCUACCCCUAGCGCGCUAGCCUAUUUUGGCUAGCCAUCCCUGAAGACGAGCGAAGCGGCCCCAAGCUGUCCCAAAGGAGGACAAUAUCGUGGGGGUUCACCGAGUGGUAGCAUUGCAGCUUGCUAACUACAAAGUCAGCUAACCGGGAAUAAGCACGGGAAUGGUGCUCUGCAUCGACUCACUGUACCGACAGAGAAAGGCGAGGGGCACACGGGUCAGACCACCAAGCUGUAACAUUUGGACUCAAACUAUUUUUAACGGAGGUAGCGGCUGUCGGGCGGGCGAGUGUUUGUGUGGCUGUGCGAGCUAGCAGGCUAGCAAGCAAGGGAAACGACCCCCACCGCCUGCUCAGGUUUUUUCUUCUUCUUUUUUCUCGUUACUGAUCCACGGCAAAGUCAUUAACAUCAAUGCUGUUAGUUAAGUUUGCUACGUGACUCUAGUUUGAAUCUUUGUUUUCCACUUUUUUUAUUCGGAAUUUGUUUUCGUCACUUCGGAUGCUGGCAUCACACAUUAAAUGCAAUCAUGAUGAUAAUAAGCAGAAAACCAGAGGGCCCAAUAGCAACAGCACGCCAUGGUGAUGGUCUUUAUGACUCGUACAUGAGGACAGACCACAUCCUUAAAGACGAAGCGGAUACAAACAGUCCGUCUGGGCUGCCCCCUAUGCCCAAACACACAGUUGUCAGUAACAAGGCUGCAAUGAGGGAUCAGGUAACUGUGCGAGCUGGCCAUCUGAAGGUCAAGUACCUGUAUGAAGACUCCACCAACAACCGAAAGAUAAACGCCAUAACCACGGCAACCACUCAGAACAGUGGGACCACAGGUCCGACGCCCAGUAAACCUGCCCCGGUCUCCAGCCUCUCCAAGGAGCACAGUGUGGACAGCACCGAAUCCAGUAAGGGCUCCAGUGAAUCCUCUGGCCCUCAUGGAGUUGGGAAUGGAGGGAACAGUGGGAAGCUGUGUGGCCCUCUCACUCCUGACCAAGCUCUGAGACUGUACCGAUCCCAACUGACCAGCCUAGAGCAGACGGAGAUCCACUCCUACCCAGACAUCUACUUCGUGGGACCCAGUGCCAAGAAGAGGCCUGCCGUUGCUGGGGGCAACAAUAACUGUGGCUACGAUGAUGAGCAGGGUGGAUACAUUCACGUCGCCCAUGAUCACCUGGCUUACCGCUACGAGUUCCUCAAGAUCAUCGGUAAAGGUAGCUUUGGCCAGGUGGCUAAGGUGUACGACCACAAACUGCAGCAGCACCUGGCUUUGAAAAUGGUGCGCAACGAGAAGCGUUUUCACCGGCAGGCACAGGAGGAGAUCCGCAUCCUGGAGCACCUGCGCAAGCAGGAUCGUAAUGGCACAAUGAAUGUUGUGCACAUGCUUGAAAACUUCACCUUCCGCAACCACAUCUGCAUGACCUUUGAGCUGCUGAGCAUGAACUUGUAUGAGCUUAUCAAGCGGAACAAGUUCCAGGGCUUCAGUCUGCCGCUGGUCAGGAAGUUUGCACACUCCAUUUUGCAGUGCAUGGAGGCCCUGAGCAGGCACAGAAUCAUCCACUGUGACCUCAAGCCAGAGAACAUCCUGCUCAAACAACAGGGGCGCAGCGGCAUUAAGGUGAUUGACUUUGGCUCCAGCUGUUUUGAACACCAGCGGGUGUACACCUACAUCCAGUCUCGUUUCUAUCGAGCUCCAGAAGUGAUCCUUGGUUCACGUUACGGCCUUCCUAUCGAUAUGUGGAGCUUUGGCUGCAUACUGGCUGAGCUGCUGACCGGCUACCCCCUGUUCCCCGGUGAGGACGAGGGUGACCAGCUGGCCUGUGUCAUGGAGCUGCUGGGCAUGCCUCCGCAGAAGGUCCUGGAGCAGGCCAAAAGGGCAAAGAACUUCAUCAACUCUAAGGGCCACCCUCGCUACUGCGGAGUCAACACCCUUCCCACUGGUGCCACUGUGCUGACAGGUUCUCGCUCCCGCCGCGGCAAGAUGAGAGGUCCCCCAGGUAGCAAGGAGUGGAGUGCUGCGCUCAAGGGCUGCGAGGACCCCACCUUUACUGACUUCAUAAAGAAGUGUUUGGACUGGGACCCCUCGUCUCGUCUCACCCCUAGCCAGGCCCUCAGACACCCUUGGCUGUAUCGGCGCCUACCUAAGCCCCUACCAGGGACUGAGAAGAGCCAGGGGGCCACGGUGAAACGGCUCUCCGAGCAUCACAGCACCUCCUUCCCUUCUAUUCUGGCAAAAGGGGGGCCUGGCUUAGGCACCACAGCUGCCAACAACAAACUGAGGAGCAACAUGAUUGGAGAUUCAGGAGAGGGCAUACCUCUUCGCACGGUCCUACCUAAACUUGUCUCUUAGAGAGAGAGUGCUGUAUCUCCUCUCUUCUACUUCUUCUUCCUCUGCACUCCUCAGGAGGAGUCAGAGAAUAGGAGAAAGUAGAGACUAGGUUUUUAAACUUGUUUGGUUGUUCUUUUAUUUGUUUUCCUGCGGAGAGGUGUCGACACCCCAGUUCCUGGUUUUUAAUAUUAGCUAACAGAGUGGGAGAGAGAGACAAUAAAAGAAACUCUAAAAAAAGGUUUUUAUACAGAGGAUUUCCUUGAGCGGCUGUGGAGUUUGUGUACACAGCCAUUGAUGAGGUUUGAUUUAGAAAAUGCUUAAUAAAAAUGUCCUCGUGUGACAGGAGAGCUUCGUAAAUGUUUUGAACCUCAAGUGAGUGGUGUGAUUGAGCAAAACAGAUUCAAGCACACCUGCACUGUCACUUGCCUCACUUCACACUCUUUCCUAACACUCAAAGGGUGCCACCCUUUCUUGGGAAGUAUUUAUAUGAGUGAAACUUGAAAAGGGCUACAGAGAUUACUCUUACCACAUUAGGGUUAGCAGCAAGCAAAGAUUUGUUCACGUAACAUCAUUUUAAUAGAAAAAAAA